GGCGACGUCAGUAAUGACUUUAAAAAUAAAGUCAUCAAGUCGUGGUAGAAAGAAAGCGAUGAUGAAUUUUGUGGACCAAAGUCCGCUCAUUAAGAAGAGGCGCCUGGGACUUGAGACUGCAGCAUCGGGGAAGAUGCUGCCAACAGUCAGGCCUAAUAGUGAUAGACAAACUAAUGAGCAACAAACCAAGGGCUGCGUCUGGCUAUGGAUGAUGUGUGACGUGCAACGAGUGUGAAGUGUGAGUGUUUGCGCCGCGCAUGAAAUGGGCGAGAAGAGGGAAGUCAGCUGAAUCUGCGCUUCAGAAGGCAGCGGAUGCGGCUGGAGGGGCCCGGCAGAGGUGGAUAAACCUGCUUUCCAUAUCCCGCUCACUGCUAGAGUCCCCAAAGAGCCAACCAAGUCAACCAAAAACACCCAGGCAACCCAUCAUUGCCAAACAUCCCUGCCGUCAAACCACCCGCACAAAAUAACCAAACUGGGGUUCCCUCAAAUCCACAUGACUCAGCAGAAGACAGUCUCCACGCCUGCUCAACAGAUAAACAAAAGCUGCAAGAACAGAAUCCUCACUUCCCAAUCACCGGGCAGGACUCCUGAAUCGGUUCUCCGAGACAGCAAGCGAUGCCUGACGGCGUACGAGCAGAACGAAAUCAGAGAGUACCGACACGUGUGGUAUGUCGGAGAAAAGGCCAAGAAACCCAGGCGCUCGAAAGAGGUCACGUCGGAGGACGGCGAGUCCUUUGACGACUCCAAAGGGUUCUACAAAGUGAGGGUUGGCGACCAUCUGGCCUACCGAUUUGAGGUGCUGGGGGUGAUGGGAUCUGGGCUUGCAGGAAAGGUGCUCAAAUGCAAGGACCACAAGGCUAUGGCUCCUGUCGCCGUCAAGGUUUUUCGAAACACAACCGAAGGUCAUAAGCUUGCACAGACGGAAUUAGACAACCUAAAGACCUUGCAGCGGCUAGACAAGACCAACAAAGCCAACAUGGUCCACAUGAAGGAGCAUUUCUACUUCCGUAACCAUCUCUGCAUCACCUUUGAGCUUUUUGAAAAGGACCUCCAUAAAGCCUUAGUAGAAAGCAAACUGCGGCGACUCUGUGAGGCCGACAUCAGGAAAUACGCUAUUGAUGUGCUCAAGUGUCUGAAAGUGCUCAAAGACGUGCAGCUCAUCCAUGGUGACCUGAAGCCAGAAAACAUCCUAUUGGACAAAGAAAACAAUGCAGCAGUGAGUGACUUUGGUGGGAGCAUCUUCAUAAGAGGUCGGCCCAUCAAUCAGACGCUAGCCUACAUGGCUCCGGAGUGUCUGGUUGGCAAAUGUUGCACCACAGCCUCGGACAUGUGGAGCCUCGGCUGCACGCUGGCAGAGCUGGACUGGGGAUUAUUUCUCUUUAAAGGCAAAGACAAAGCGGACAUUUUUAACUGCAUAACAAGGGUGCUCGGUCUUCCUCCUAUUGACUUGCAGGCUGCAGCCAGCAAAAAAAACUACUGCAUCGAGAGCUCGGACGCGGAAGACAAAAACCAACCAAAGAACCCUCUGGCCAUGAGACUGAAGUCGAAAAAUCCAAAGUUUCUGGAUUUCAUUCGCUGCUGUCUCGAAUAUGACACAACAAAACGACUAACGCCGGAGAAGGCUUUGCGGCAUCCAUGGAUCAAACAAGCAACCAAACAUUCAUAUAACAAACCGACUAUAAGCAGCUUACUGAAGAGAGAGAAGAUUCCACCACCGAUGUUGCAGCCGACCACAAUUUACAAAUGACCAGACGCCCGCUUGACGACCAGCUUUUUUUAUGUAUAGGAAAAAUUGACAGAAAAAAAAACAUACAUGCUUGUCCAAUAAUUCAUUUUUAGCAUGUUACUGUUUUUUCUUUUAAAAAGUAGCUCUUCCUUACUCAAGAAAGACUACUGAAAAACAGCAGUUCCUCAUUUGCUCACUUAGUAGCAGAACCUUGUUUCAAGCUUAUCUCUUGUCAGCAGAAAGUUGCCAAGAUGGACACAAAGCCUCGGAAAGUAAAUCUUCAUUCUGCGUGUUA